AUGUCAUCUACACAUGCCACUCUAGGCGCCGCCGCAGAUGAGCGCAAAGCGCGACUUGCAAAGCUCAAAUCCUUAAAAAGAAAGCAACCAGCCGACGAAAUUGUAGCACCAGAAUCAACGCGCUCACCUUCACCACCUGCCUCCCCCGACGUCGCGAAGCUUCAUCUCUCGGGACGUAACUACGACCCUGAAACUAAAGGUCCCAAGCUUGGUUUCGAAGCCCCUCCCACAUUAGCACUCGAAAAACCUACACUUGAACAACAGGCUGCAGAGGUUGAGGAGGAAAUCAGGAAGAAAGCCGAAGAAGAGGAGCAGGAUGAUAAGGGGGUAGACUUAUUCAAAUUGCAACCCAAGAAACCUAAUUGGGAUUUAAAGAGGGACCUCGAGAAGAAAAUGGAAGUAUUGAAUGUGCGGACGGAGAAUGCGAUCGCGAGGCUAGUGAGGGAACGGAUUGAGAGUGCGCAAAAGGCGGCUAGAAUGAAAGGUGGGAAAGGCGCAAUAAGUGCAAGUGAGGGUGGAGAAGAGCUUGGGAUAGAAGGUGUUGCUUUGGUGGAGGGAGUCAAGCUGAGGGAGAAGGAGGAGGAGGAGGAAGAGCGACGGGAGAAGGAAGAUGAAGAUUUACAAUAA